AUGCCUCGGCUGCUCCUCUUGUGCCUGGUGUCCAGCCAUUUCGCGGUGACCGCCGUCAUGGCGCGGCAGUUCCCCGUCUUCCUCGUCGACGGUGGCGCCAUGGCAGCAGACGCCCCGUCUGCUUCUGCUUCCGAUGCCUCGCGUCUGCAUAGGCACUCCCUUUUGGAGUCCAGAUUCGCAGGGUCGCCGAUGGGCUCGUCUGACCACGGACUACGGCACGGCCCCUUCGACAGGCACUUCGCCGGGGGCAAGAUCAUACUCGGCGGCCUCGCGGUGGCCAUCAUCGCCGCGGUCUUCUGCUACAUCCGCAUCACCAGGGCCAAGAAGAUCGUCGAGCCAAAAACUUAG